AUGGAUAAAUCUACAAGUAAUAAACCGUUAAAUCGGAGAUCGCCUCGAACUUGUGCCGCAAGAACUUCAUCAAGUAUUUUAGCCGCCAAAGAAAGUAUGAAAAUGAAAAUGAAAAAAAAUCAAGAUGACGAUUUUAUAAGAGACGAUUAUGCAACUGCGCAAGAAGCUAAAACAAUUAUCGCGGGUAAAACAGGAAUCGUUUACGAUGACCAAAUGGUUAAACAUUUUUGCAUGUGGGAUAAAAAUUAUCCAGAAAAUCCAGAAAGAUUCAGUAAAAUCAUUGAAAGGUGCAAAGAACUUAAACUCAUCGAUCGUUGCACAAGAAUAGAAUCGAGAUUAGCAACAGAAGAAGAAAUUUUAACUCAACAUACAAUAGAUAAGAUAAAAGUAUUGAAAGAAACACAAAAUGAAAAUGAUGAAACCAAAUUGGAACAAUUAUCAUCCAAAUAUGAUUCAGUUUAUGUCAAUAAUUUUACCUACGAAUGUUCCCUAUUAGCAGUCGGCUCAACCAUCGAUUUAGUCGAUGCAAUUUGUAAAGGAGAAAUACAAAAUGGGAUGGCUAUUAUAAGACCGCCGGGCCAUCACGCAAUGAGGGACGAAUAUUGUGGUUACUGCUUUUAUAAUAACGUUGCUAUAGCAGCUCAACUAGCAUUAAAAAAAUUUAAUCUCCAAAGGAUUUUAAUCGUCGAUUGGGAUAUACAUCAUGGACAAGCAACUCAACAAAUGUUCUACGAUGAUAAGAGAGUCGUUUAUUUUUCGAUACAUCGCUACGAUCAUGGAUCUUUCUGGCCGGAAUUGCGUGAAAGUAAUUUUCAUUACAUCGGUGAUAGCGCCGGCAAAGGGAAAAAUUUUAAUAUUCCCUUAAACGAAACAGGAAUGAAAGAUGCUGAUUAUCUUGCUAUAUUUCAACAAGUUCUUCUCCCGAUGGCUUAUGAGUUUCAACCUGAAUUAAUUAUAAUUUCUGCUGGAUAUGAUGCUGCCAUCAAUUGUCCAGAGGGGUCGAUGGAAGUUAGUCCGGCUUGUUACUCUCAUUUACUGUCGCCUCUCAUGGGAUUGGCUGGAGGAAAAGUAGCCGUCAUUCUCGAAGGGGGUUACUGUUUAAAAUCCCUUUCGGAAGGUGUGGCUCUCACCCUUCGAACUUUACUGGGAGAUCCGGCUCCGAGUUUAAUAGAUUUUGGAUUACCUUGCGACAGCGUCGUCGAAUCCAUUCUCAACGUCAUUUACGUUCACAAACCGUACUGGCAAUGUUUUCAACUCCAAGAUGCAUACGAUGUCGACGUGAACGAGGGAGGAGGAAUUAAAACUCGUAAAAAAUCAACGGAAAAACCAUCGAUCGCUCCAACAACGAAAAGACAUCAUCCCGUCGUGAAAUUUAUUGGAAACGAAACGAAACUGGAUUUUUACCCGACGAGAGAUUGUUAUCCGAUUCAAGAAGAGGAAACGUUUAAAAAAUUAGAUCAAAAAUUAAAUCAUUUGAAAUUGGUGACGGAUUUGAGAGUUCCACCCAAUCGCGUGGCAUUUGGUUACGAUGAAAAAAUGACGGAACAUCGUAACAAUCAGGAAAGCAAUCACCCGGAAAAACCGGAAAGAAUAACGAAAAUAUUUCUCAUGCACAGAGACUACAAUCUAUUGGAAAGAUGUCUGUCAAUCAAGUCCCGAAUGGCAACGGAAGAAGAAAUUCUUUUGAGUCACACGAAUUCACAUUUGGAAGACAUGAAAAAAUUGCCAACGAUGUCUGCGGAAGAAUUAAACGAAAAAGGAAAUUCGUACGAUUCAAUUUAUCUACAUUCCAAAAGUUACGAGUGCGCUCUUCUCGCCGCUGGAACACUUUUACAAGUCGUCGAUUCAGUCAUCAAUGGGGAGGCAAGGAGCGGAGUCGCGGUUGUUCGACCCCCUGGACAUCAUGCAGAAGAUGACACCGCGUGCGGAUUUUGCUUGUUCAACAACGUGUCAAUAGCUGCCAAAUACGCGAUCGAGGUUCAUUCGUUAAAAAGGAUACUCGUUUUGGAUUGGGAUGUUCAUCACGGGAACGGGACGCAGAAGAUAUUCGAAGAAGAUGACAGAGUACUCUACAUAUCACUUCACAGAUACAAUCACGGUAGAUUCUUCCCCACCACCAAGGAAGGAGAUCACGACAGAGUAGGCAUCGGAAGAGGAGAAGGCUUCAACGUGAACAUACCGUGGAACAGACCCGGAGGUGGAAUGUCGGACGGAGAUUACAUCGCGGCCUUUCACUCCAUCGUCUUGCCAAUCGCUUACCAGUUCAAUCCCGAACUGGUUUUGGUCUCCGCGGGUUUCGACGCUUGCAUCCACGAUCCACUGGGACACUGUAAGGUGACGCCGGAGGCCUACGCCCACAUGACUCACUGGUUGACGACUCUUGCAAACGGUAAAGUCAUUCUAUCCCUCGAAGGAGGAUAUAACGUGACGUCCAUUUCCUACGCGUUGACGUUGUGCACGAAAGCUCUUCUUGGUGAUCCUCUUCCUCCGUUGACGACGACUCUCGCUCCGUGUUCAAGUGCCGUAGAGACGAUCCAGAACGUUCUCAACACUCAGGAGAAAUAUUGGCCGUGCUUGAAGUUCAACGUCGCUCUGCCGAAGGACUACGUCUUGAAGAACUCUGAAAGCAACAUGGGCGACAGCCCGAAAUUAGUUAACAAUUCGUAUGAGAAGAAUGAGGAUUUGAUUGAAAAAAUGCAAAGUUUGAAAUUUGAAAACAUAACCUUGAAAGGAGAUCAAGAAGUCUGCGAUGCGCCCGAAGAUGGAAAUCCAAGAGAUGCACGUUCCAGAGAAGGAAGAUCUUCGAGAGAUUCGGAUCACGAGUCAGGUGCCGCCGCCCGUCCAAACGCUCAAACCCUUGUCGUUGACCCGGUCAUUAUAUCCAGCCUCCGAGUAGUUGGAUUACAGGAGUACACCACCACUCCCGGCUGGUUUUUUUUCCUUCUCGUUUCCUCUUCUGUACAGCUGGUUUUUUUUCUUCUUUCCUCUUCUGUACAAUUUUUUUUUUUUUUCUUUUCCCUCAAAGGUUAUCUUUCGGAUAAUAUGCAAAGGUUAUUAAAUCAGGAAAUGUUUGCUGUCGUGCCACUUCCGGGUUGUCCUCAUUUGGUACAAGUUCAAGCAGUUCCGCAAUCGGGUAUCGACGUGAACACUCCAUGCGGAACGUGUGAUUCUCAACAGGAAAACUGGAUUUGUUUGAUUUGCUAUUUGGUAUUCUGCGGACGAUACAUAAACCAACACAUGAUGUUUCACAACGAAGAAUCCACGCAUCCUCUUGCUCUCAGUUUCACAGAUUUAUCCGUUUGGUGUUACGUGUGCGAAGCUUACAUAGACAACAUGAUCCUUUAUCCGGCUAAAAACGCGGUUCACAGGAGCAAAUUCGGUAGCGAUUUGGAAUGGAGUUACGGAGAUCGAACGCCAAACACGAGGCUGUCAAAUCGAUGA